AUGUCCGCUGAUUCUGGUGCCAUUCUAGUCCUCAAGCCCCUCGACGGACCGUUUCAUUCAGCGUAUAUUCCCAAAGUUGUCGAGUCGGCGUGGAAUGAUUGGUGGGAGGCGGAAGGCUUUUUCCAGCCUGAAUUCAUCGGCGAAGAACAAAAGCCGAAGCCGGAGGGAACCUAUGUCAUUCCGAUCCCUCCUCCUAAUGUGACGGGUGCUUUGCAUUGCGGACAUGCGUUGGGAACAGCAUUGCAGGACUGCUUGAUCCGGUGGCAUCGGAUGAAGGGGCAUACUACAUUAUACCUGCCCGGAUGUGAUCAUGCUAGUAUUUCAACCCAGAGCGUGAUUGAAAAUAUGCUGUGGAGGAGAGAGCGAAAGACGAGACAUGAUCUUGGACGGGAGCAGUUCACUAAUAGAGCGUUGGAAUGGAAAGAGGAAUACCAUUCCAAGAUUAAUGCCGUUCUCAAAAGGCUAGGAGGCUCGUUUGACUGGACCCGCGAGGCCUUCACAAUGGAUGACAAUUUAUCGGCUGCCGUGACCGAAUGCUUCGUUCGUCUACACGAAGAAGGUUAUAUCUAUCGAUCGAGUCGCCUGGUAAAUUGGUGUGUACAGUUUAAUACUGCAAUAUCGAAUCUGGAAGUGGACAGCAAGGAGCUGAAAGGACGGACAUUGCUGGAAGUUCCAGGCUACGAGCGCCCAGUGGAAUUUGGAGUUCUCACUUAUUUCCAGUAUCGGGUGCAGGGGAGUCAGGAAACAAUUGAAAUUGCGACAACCCGACCGGAGACCUUGCUAGGCGAUACAGCAGUGGCUGUUCAUCCUGAUGAUCCUCGUUAUAGCAAUUUGGUUGGCAAGAAGAUUCAGCAUCCUAUCGUGGACCGACUACUCCCAAUCAUCGCAGAUUCCUACGUGGAUCCGGAAUUUGGCACUGGAGCAGUUAAGAUUACCCCUGCGCAUGAUGCGAACGAUUAUGCCAUUGGCAAGCGCCACAAUCUUCCAUUUAUUAACAUUCUUAAUGACGACGGAACUAUGAAUUCCAACGCCGGAAAAUACGCGGGACGCAAACGUUUUGAUGUUCGGUACGCUGUGGUGGAGGAAUUGAAAGAAUUAGGGCUCUUUGUAAAGAAAGAGAGCAAUCCUAUGAAAGUGCCACUAUGCUCUAAAUCGAAGGAUGUUAUUGAACCCUUAAUGAAGCCACAGUGGUGGAUGAGAAUGAGGGAGCUAGCCGAUGACGCCGUGAAAGUGGUUCAGGAUGGAGAGAUCAUAAUCCAGCCAGAAGCAGCAAGGGACAACUAUUUUCGAUGGCUAGAAAACAUUACAGAUUGGUGUUUGUCUCGCCAGCUGUGGUGGGGCCACCAAAUACCUGCUUAUUUCGUUGACAUAGAAGGUCAACUACCAGAUGAAACAAACGAUAACCUUUGGGUUGCCGGCCGAACGGAGGAGGAAGCUCGCCAGAAAGCAGAGGCAAGAUUUCCUAAUCAACGCUUCACCCUCCGAAGGGAUCCAGAUGUUCUGGAUACUUGGUUCUCGUCGGGUCUCUGGCCAUUUUCAACACUAGGAUGGCCGCGGCAAACCCAUGAUCUUGACAACCUCUUUCCAACAUCAUUGUUGGAGACUGGAUGGGAUAUUCUGUUUUUCUGGGUAGCACGGAUGAUCAUGCUAAGUUUAAAGCUCACUGGCAAAGUGCCGUUUAAAGAGGUUUACUGUCAUUCCCUCAUCCGUGACUCUGAGGGCCGAAAGAUGUCGAAGUCGCUCGGUAAUGUGAUUGAUCCUGUCGACGUCAUGGAGGGUAUUAGCCUCCAGAAACUGCACGAUAAACUUCAGCAGGGAAACCUAGAUCCCCGGGAGCUGGGUGUGGCCAUGAAGUAUCAAAAAGCAGCCUUCCCAAAUGGAAUUCCCGAGUGUGGAGCUGAUGCCUUGCGAUUCUCCCUAAUCCAGUAUACCACAGGGGGCGGCGAUAUAUCUUUCGAUGUUAAGGUUAUGGCCGGGUACAGGAGAUUCUGUAACAAGAUCUAUCAGGCAGCCAAAUUCGUGCUGGGCAAAAUCGGAGACCAGUAUACACCUCCAUCAACUUUGGAUAAGACGGGAGACGAAUCGCUGGGCGAGCGGUGGAUGCUACAUAAACUCAAUACCGCUUCACAAAAUAUUGACCGAGCUCUGAGCGAGAAGGAGUUCUCCCGCGCGGCACAGAUUGUCUAUCAGUAUUGGUAUGAUAAUUUGUGCGACGUGUUCAUUGAAUACUCCAAAUUUCUUAUCCAGCAUGGUUCGGAAAAGGAAGCGCGAUCCGCUCUCAAUACACUUUACAAUGCCUUAGAAGCAGGUCUUCGAAUGAUUCAUCCUUUUAUGCCAUUUAUCAGUGAGGAGCUGUGGCAGCGCCUGCCCAGAAGACCUGACGAUUCUACUCCGUCCAUCGUCAUUGCAUCAUACCCCAAAUAUAAUGCGUCCCUCGCAGAUGAUACUUCCGAGGGUGCAUUCGAGACUGUAGUAAAAUCAGUCAAGGGAAUCCGCUCACUGAUAGCUGGAUAUGGUAUUCAGGACAACGCUAAAGGCAAGUUUAUUCCUCCAGACUAUUGUUUCCAGUUAAUCCUAAUACAUGGACCUACAGUAUUCAUCCAUGCAACAGACGCUCACUCCUAUGAGCUUAUUAGUAGUGAAGCUGGGAGCAUCAAGUCACUGGCCGGAAAGGGUCUUGCUGCUGUGCAAGUCAUUGGUCCCAACGAACAGCCUCCUGUAGGAUGUGCUGUUUACGUGAGCUCAGCAUCUACAGCGGUAUUUCUGGAAAUCAAUGGACGCAUUAGUAUCACUGACGCUGUGGAUAAGGCUCGGAAGCAGUUGGGGAGGAUUACCGAUACGUUAUCACGACAACGGCGUGCCAUUGAGGCAGAGGGGUGGGCAGAGAAGGCCGAGGAAGCAGUCAAGGCAAGCGAGCUGAAAAAGCUUAGGGAUUUGGAAGUCGAGUACCAGAACGUGACUGCGACGAUUGAACAGUUGGAGAAACUCACCAUUCGCAAUUAG